AUGCCCCGAGUUCUGCCCUGGGAAGUGGACGCGCCAACGCGAAAACAGUCGACGCCGGUGAGGCCUACGAGGCGCGAGCUGGGAGGAGCACAACGGACGAGCACUGCGCUGUCGAGUAGGCUCAAGGGCCUCGAUGCGGAUGAUCAAUACAUUAUGGUGGAGGAUGAGUUCCUUGCAACCGCACAAGCCUUCACUGCCCAUCUACAUCAGGCGGAAUAUAUACGUAAAAAGAAGCGGGCCAAGGAGGAGAAUGCAACAAAGGUGCUAAACAUGACCCAACGACGACCUACGGAUCCACGGAUGCCCAUGAACAACGUAACUCGAAAGAACAUGGAACGUGAAGUUUCGAAUGUGCGGCGUCAGGAAGCGUUGGAGAAGAUGAAGCACGAUGCUGGGAGACCAGCGGUCGACUCUGAGAUGGAAGACAAUGAUGAGGAUGUAGGAGCGAGCGACGAGGACUGUGACGAUGAUCCAUGGGUAGGAACCUCGUUGCAGGCUUUGAUGGUGACAUCGAAGCGACCGCGUCCACUGAUGGGACUGGAAGGGCUCAGGUCGUCCACAAAGGCUGCGCUGGGCUAUUCUCGACCAACAAACACGAGUAGUGGCGCUGCAGGAGCAUCUAAGGACAAGGAAACGGAUAUAAUGUCCGGAUCACUUUCCAACAUCCGACCUAGAUCCAAGCCUGGUUUUGCAGAUGAUUCUACAGCUUCAAGUGACGAUGAUGACCUGGACAUGCAGACCGGAGCACCAAGUCGACCACCGGCUAUACAAGCCCGAACUAAGACAGCAGCGCCCAGCCUCAGGGCACCACCUGCUGCUCUUCCGUGUACUAAAGAGGCUAUUGCAAGGCCCGACCCAGUACCUCUGCCUAUCAAGCAACCACAUGUAGACACCAGCCGUUCCCGGAGCUUCCAGAGUGGAUCAUCCUCGUCUACUGCUAGUGCAUGCGGAAAGCGAUCAUUAUCACCACCAAAGCCUCGUGGAAGCCCGAGCUCUCGAUUUGCAAAAUUUUUCGAUGAGCUAGACGAGCCGGCCAAGGAACCGGGCCCGAGCCCUGCUAAACGCCAAGUGAAAAUUGGACGAAGAGAUCCUCUACUUGGCCGGAUGAAACCUUUUCAGCCCGAGAAGACAGGGGAUAGGGAUGAGGACGAAAAGCUCCGAAAACAACGUCUUAAUCAGGUUCCAACGUUUUUGUGA